AUGGCUGAACUGAUCGUAAACUCGAUGGUAACCGUGGCUGCAGACAAACUAUCUAAAGUCCUCGUUCAAGAAUCAGCAGUGUUGAGUGGGGCAGCAAGGCAGGUUGAAUGGAUCGAAAGAGAGCUGAGGAUAAUGCAGGCAUUCUUAGAGCACGUUGACCACGAUGACAGCGGAAGCUCGGACGAGUGGGCAGAGAAGUUGAGGAGCGUCGCUCGCGAUGCAGAGGAUGCCAUAGAAACCUUCGUCAUCAAAUCAGUGAAGCGGAGGAGAAGAGGACUUCUCUACUGGUACGACAAAUACAAGGUUGGCAAAGAGUUGGAGCGGAUCAGCGACAUCAUGAGAGAUAUCUCUCAACACCACAGGCAAACAAGGCUCGAUCUCACCUUUGAAACCCCAGGUCCAGCAGAAACGUCAGCCACAAUAGUAACUCCUGCACUCCACAAGUUCAUUCGCGUUCUUAGUCAUAAUUUAAUCACUCGACGUAAGGGCAUCAAGGUAGCAGAACGGGUGAGAGAUGAACUCGUUGGCAUGCAAAAUAUUGUGCGUAACUUAGAGUCAACGAGUCAAAGAGAGAAGGUGUGGUUGGAAGAGGUGAAGGAGGUGUGUGAUUAUACCGCAGGUGUUGCUGAUAGUUUCAUUGCCCAUGCCAGCAGAGAAAGAUGGUGUAAAACGGGUAAGCUUUGUUCUUUUGUCUCGGAAAGGGAAUUUAAGAAGCAGAUGAUGUACGUGAGGACGCAAAUCGGAGAUGCUCUUCAGAGAAGGAUGACAUACGGUGUCGGUGGUAAAGACAUGAGGGACGAAAUAAUAUUAAGGUCAAGUCCUGUUCCAAAUUUGUCUCCAGUACGGUUAAUAAUUUCAAGGGUCAUGUUCAUUCUUUACUAUAUUAUUGUUUCUCCCGUGGUUCCUCUCUGGACCGAUAUAUUGGGCUUCUUCUUUCUAAUUACGCUUGAUGCUUUCAUACGCGAUGCAAAACCAGCUCCCAAACCCCGUGGCAAUGUGAAAAAAAUGCUAGUAGCGUUCAUGUUCUUGAUGUUAGCCGCUUUCAUUGAAUAUGCCUUUUUGUUCCUCUCCAGAGUUUUCUACAACUGGCUGGGGGUCAUUCAGCAAUUGUUCUCUUUUCUUUAUAAGGUCAUUGUGUGGACUGUGUCUUUGUGGAGGUCUAUGGACAAGAAUUUGAAGUCAACCCAAAGAGACUUGGCUCUAAUGCAUGCGUUAUUCACUGAUAUUGAAGGCAUGAGGCUGAACGAAAGGCAGAAAGUGUGGGUGGAUCAGUUAAGAGUGGUGGCACAGAAUGCCUGUUCCCUCCAUGCUGAACGUGGAAGGGGUGGGGUGUUUAGGAGAAUCAUAUUUGCCAAGAACAUAAACGACCUGUUGAAUGAGAUUCUUAAUGUCACAGACAGGAAGAUAAUUUAUGGUAUUGCCGACAUACAAGGACGACAAGGAACUGUCUCGUCUUCUGGUAGUACUGAGCAACUUCCGCAUCCACGGGUAUCGUAUCAACCUAUUUCGGGACUCAGAGAGAAGGUUCAAUCAAUCAGAGGGGAAAUGGAUUUGAUGAACGCACUGUUCGGAGAUGUAGGAGAGAUUGAAGGGCGGCUAGAUGGAAGAUCCAAGAUGUGGGUGAAGCAAAUGAGAGAUAUUGCCGGUGAAACUGAGUCUGUCAUUAAUGACUAUGCUAACAAAUUGGAGCAUAAACCAAUUCACAUCCAAAUUCUCCACUACCUAACCAGACGUGACAUUAUACGAAAGAUAAAUGGGAUCAGAGACAAAAUUGAAGAUGUCUCCAGAAGAAGAAAGGCAUAUGGUUUGGUGCAGCUUCAGACCCGAGCUGAGUCAUCGUCCAUGCUUCAAAUAUUGCGUAGAAGGACGCGACCAUCUCUCGUCGUUAAACAAUCUAGCAUAGUUGGAUUUGAUGAUGAUGUACUAAUUUUGACGGCUCAGUUACUCACGGACGAGCAACGUCGCUGCAUUAUUUCCAUCGUUGGAAUUCAAGGCUCGGGUAAGACAACACUAGCAGGGUUGAUAUUUGACAAUGAUGCUGUCACGGGUCAUUUUGAUUGUCGAAUAAAGGUGUUCAUGCCUCCAAAUGAACAAAUUGAAGUGCUUCUACAAGACAUUGCCAAAGAAGCAGCCAAGCAGUUUAUGAGAGAUCAAGAUGAAGAACAAGGGUGGUCCACACAAGAUGUACUCAGAACCUUGGCGAGUACUAUGUACCUCCUUGUUGUUGAUGGCAUUGAAAGUUCACAGGUUUUGGAUGCAGUGAAGAAGUCCAUUCCGGAUAUGUCAACAGCUUGCAGAGUUGUUCUUACCGGUCGCAAUGCAAGCGCAGAGCUACAUGCGGGAACAAGAACCUUCGUUCAUCCGCUGCAGUUGUUGGAUGAUAAAAAUAGUUGGACGCUAUUCAGAAGAAAUUUGAACGCGGACAUUCCCCGCGAACUAGAGAAGGUUGGAAAAGAAAUUGUGAAAAAAUGUGGAGGGCUUCCAUUAGAAAUAUUGGAAACCACAGAUUUACUCUCCACAAAAGAUGCUACCAUUGAGGAGUGGUCCAGCGAGCUCAAUCAAGAUCAAAAGCAUUGGCUCGAAACGUGUAACGCUAUCAACAGCUUACCUCUGUAUCUGAGGAGAUGUCUAUUUUAUUUUCUGCUUUUCCCUGCUGAGUUUGGGAUUCCUGCAAGAAGAUUGGUUGCUUUGUGGGUUGCAGAGGGUCUUGUGCAUCAGGGAGAAGACAAGGAGCCCCCAGAGGAAAUUGCAGGAAGGUACUUAACGGAGUUGAUAGACCUGAACAUGGUUCAAAUUGCAAAGCGUAAGCAAAACGGCACGGCGAAAACAUGCCGUCUCCCUCGUGCUUUGCGUGAAUUCUGGUUGACUAAGGCUAAUGAAUCAAGAUUUCUUCGUGGGCGCACUGCCACGGAUACGGAUGAUGUCCAGAAAAAUUCCAUUAUAAGACAGGUAGCAGAUCAUCUGGACGAAAGAGAUAUCUGGCACAAUCAUAUUCACAGUGACAGUACAAGUGUUUCAGGAUCAGCUACCUUGAGAACACACUACAAGGAUGUUCUUUCGUUUCUGUCCUUUGAUGCUCAAGAAGGAAGCAAACCUGGCGAAGACGUUGGUAACUUUCUGAAGCGGUGUAUUUCGAGCAAUUGUUUUUUACUGCUGAGGGUGCUUGAUCUUGAACGCGUUUACAAGCCAAGGUUGCCUAAAAACAUAGCAAGACUUUCUGGACUGAGAUAUCUUGGCCUUAGAUGGACCUACUUAGAAUCACUUCCUUCAUCUAUAAGCAGCUUGCUAAAACUACAGACCCUUGAUCUUACACAUACAUACAUACAUAUUCUAACUAGCUCCAUCUGGAAGAUGGAACUGAGACACCUCUUCUUGAGUGAGACUUAUCGGAGCAGAUUUCCACCCAAACCAAAAGUUAAUUCUUCUCUGUCUGACCUCCAAACCUUGUGGGGACUUUUUGUGGACGAAGAGACUGCAGUAAAGGGUGGUUUGGACAAAUUGAUUGGUGUCAGAAAAUUGGGAUUAGCAUGCCAACAAAUGUCGCCAGACCAAAAGAAAAUGGAAUCACAACUUGAAGCAGUAGCUGAUUGGAUUAUGAAACUUGAACACCUUCAUUCACUAAGGCUAAAAUCAAGAGAUGAAGAAGGACGCCCUUGGAAUUUACACCUCAAGUCUUUGCAAAAUCACGUUAAUCUCACUGACAUGUAUUUGCUGGGAAUCUUGAGCUGUUCAUCUAUUCUGUCCCAGUUUCCUCCAAGCCUUGUUGAACUUAACCUUUCACAUUCCAAACUGGAGGAGGAUCCCAUGCAAAUUUUGAAAGAUCUUCCAAAUCUUCGGUCCUUGUCUCUACUUGCAGAGUCGUACCUGGGAAGACUAAUGGUUUGUAAUUCUCAAAGCUUUCUUCAGCUUCAUGUCUUGAAACUUUGGAAGCUGGAGCAGUUAGAGGAAUGGAAAAUAGAGCAACAAGCACUCCCCUCUCUGAGACAACUGGAAAUCCGUUCAUGUCGGCGCAUGAAAACGCUUCCUGAUGGACUAAAGCAUGUUAACUCUCUACUUGAGUUGAAAUUGACAACCAUGCCAAUGGAAAUCAAUAUUCACAAGCAUAACAUUCCGCCCCAUUGUGAAGUCUACAUAGAUAGUUCUGAGUAGAGUCAUCCUUGCAUGGUGAGUUGCUUUCCUUUCAUAUGCUUUAAUUUCUUUCUGCAAAAUGUGUUUGGCAGUGAGCAAUAA